UAUUUCUCUAAGACAUUUAUUUUAUAAAGCAAUAGUACAAUUACCAAAUGACAUUAUAAUAGAUAUUUGUUAAUAUUCACCAUAGAAAUAUUUCAAUUAAUCGAACAUUGUUACAUGAAGCAAGAAAUUACUGAUGAUAGUAAUGGAUAGCAAAUUCGGUAAAUUUCUUCGAUGAUAGUUCUUCACCGUUUGCUUAGUUUGUACGCACCUUUAUAUUAUGCGAUAAACAAGCUGUGCAACGUCAAAUAGCGGUAGCGACGAUUAUUGCUGUGACGUUAGAGAAUUUCAGUACAGAUUGGCAUCGGGAAAUGUUACACAUCUUAACUAUCCGCGUUAUCCUAAGGCAUGCGGAAAGAAAGCGUCGGCAUAAAAAUUUUAUUAAGAAUUGAAACUGAUGCGAACCACUACAAUGAUAGAAGGAUCUACAAACUAUAUUUUGUAUUAAGAAAUGUCUUAUAGAAUAUAAUAAAGUUUUUACAGAUAUCUAUAGAAGAAAUCAUUAAAUAGCGAUGAGUACGUGGAUUUGGUGGAUUAUAUAUUUUUGCACGCCAUACGUUUGCGCAAAUAUCAAUGAAACGGAAAAACACGAAUUACUGUAUUACGUAAUACCAGUAACCUAUGAAGUUAAAUUAAAUUUAUCUACAAUUGAGAACGGUUUCUUCGAUGGCUCGUGCUCUAUUGACAUCAGACUCGAUCAGCCAACGGACUACAUAAAGUUCCACUCGUCACAAUCACAAAUAAAAAUACAAACAUUAAUGCUUCGUCCGCUUCGUAAAAAGGGUUUACCAUCUCUAAAUACGACACAUCACGAACAUAAAAAUGAUAUUAUGACCAUCUAUUUCACUGAACAGUUGCCACGUGGGAUUUACGCGUUGUUCAUAAAAUUUUCUACCAGCUUGUUUAAUGACGAAGUAGAUCUGUUUAAAACUUCAAAUACAAAUGAAAACGGAAACCAAAUAUGGUUGCUUGCAUCACUGAACCGGAUGACUGGGGCCCGACGAAUAUUUCCAUGUUGGGACCAAUCCACUUUCAAGGCCACAUUUAAAUUAUUUAUACAGCAUCUUGGGAAACACGAAGUUUUAACGAAUAUGCCUGUAAAUUCGACAACAACGCUGUCUGACAUAACGAGUGUGAAAUUUGCAGAAACUCCUUUAAUUCCCCCUUAUCUUAUCAUGAUUUUGAUAACCGAUGCCUCCCAAAGGCCUGUCAAAGAAGUCAGUUUUUACUACAGACAACAGACAGCAUCACUUUUAAAUUACGCAGAAACAAUUAUUGAAAAUAUCACGCUAAAAGUGGAAUCUCAAUGGAAACCUCCCAUAGAGCUUGAAAAAAUAUACCAUGUUGCAGUACCUAGCGUUCGUCAUGACAGUAUAAAUAAUUUGGGUUUUAAUCUUUACAGAGAAGCUGCUCUAAUUUAUGAUGAGAAAUUGGAUACUAUUACACACAAAAUAGAUGUUGCGCGAAUAAUAACACGUACAAUAUUUCAUCAAUGUUUUUAUAAUUCGACCAGCUAUUCUUCAUGGUCUAAUUUGUGGUUUACUGAAGGAAUGGUUAUGUUACUGACGAUAGAAGCCAUCAACAAUUUUUAUCCAGAUUUACGAAUAAGUGAUCUGUUUACCGUCCAGAUUCAACAAGAAUCUCUCCGACUGGAUACUAAUUCCAUUAUGAAGCCACUUGCGUCAGAAGCUUACGAUCCUGAAUUAAGUUCACUUUCUCCUUUUUCGUAUUACAUCAAAGCACCUGUUAUAAUGCGCAUGCUGCACCAUGUUGUGGGUCAUAAGAUGUUUUGGGACGUCAUUGAGAAACUGUUUAAUAAAAGACAAAAUAUACCAUUUAUCAUUGAUGAUUUUUGGGAUAUAUUACUUAUUUUGUAUCCCUCGCAUAAUCAAUACAUUUUUAACGUAAGGAAUAAAAUGAAUCCAUGGAUUCAGUUGAUAAAUUAUCCGGUGCUGAACGUGGUGCAACAGAAAUCUUCCCAAGUGAAAAUCUUCGUUAAAAGUACGCUGUAUCAAUCGAUGGGAAUACCUGUAACAUUUACCACUCUACGUAAUCCCAAUUUUAAUAACAUGCGCCCUAAUAUUAAUAUGUGGAUAACAUCAUCCAAUAAGACUAUUUAUAUUCAAAAUUCGACUGAUUGGAUAAUAAUCAACACACAGCAAGCAGGGUAUUAUCGUGUCAAUUACGAUGCUGUACUUUGGAAGCGAAUUAUCCAGUAUUUAACUACGCUUAAUCAUUAUACGUACGUACAUGUAAUCAAUCGUGCUCAAAUCAUUGAUGACGCAUUUUAUUUUCUGAUGAAUGAUCAACUUCCUUUGUAUACUUUUCUCAACCUAACAAAAUAUCUGGAACGAGUGACAGACUAUGUAGCGUGGUAUCCCAUGCUCAAAGCUCUUGAGCAUAUGUCUGGUUUCUUUUUAUUCGAAGAAAGUAUAUCCCUAAAGGCACAUAUGCAAGAUAUUAUACAUGAACUUUUUACGAAGCUUAUAUCACAUUUUGAUUACGGUAAAGAAAAACCUAAUGAUCUUAAUACAUCCUUAAGCCAAGAAGCUGCCAAAUGGGCAUGUAUCCUUGGGGACUUGACAUGUCAAAGAAUUGCUACUCAGAAAUUGCAGCAGCAUUUAAGUAAAAAUUUUAGAAUUUUGCCAGGUUGGAAGGAAUGGGCAUAUUGUAAUGGUAUAUUGCCUAGUGAUAUUUGGUGGGACGUAUUAAAUUUAUGGAUAAAAAGUAGAGAUAAUAAACUUUUAGAAUAUUUGUCCUGCAACGGAAAUUCUUCUAUCAUUAUUAAUUACUUACGAUUUGACACAAUAGUUAAAGGGAGAAUAUUCAACGUGCAACCCAAUGACUAUGUGAACAGUUUCCUUCCCACUGUUGCUAAGCAUGCAAAGGAUGACGUAAUAUUAGAAUACAUGUUACAAAAUUUUAGUAAACUUGUUUCGAGCGAAUUCACUUGGUAUUCAACAUUGAUUAAUAUUAUGAACCACGUACGGUCUGAGGAGCAACUCGAUAAGAUAUUAGAAUUUGUGAAAAAUGAUAGGAAGUUUAAAGUGGAAAAAAGUAUCUUUAUAGUUCACUUCGAUGACAAACAUAGACUAAAUAGACAGGUAUAUGAAAUUGUUAACAAUGUUCAGGCUCAUAUGGAUGUCGUGCCACUAUUAAUUGUUAAACAAAAAAGAGAUAGACGUUUGUUCGAAAUCGAAAAUCAGCUGCAUUAUUUUCGACGCCUUAUGCUGAGUUAACGAAUUGUAUUGUAGGAACCUACCUACAUUUAAUAUUAAUAAUUUUUCAUAAAAUUGUUCAUUUCGUAAAACAGAUAUUUGGUAUAAAAGGCAUUCGUAAGUUUCAUUCCAUAAGAUUUUUUUAAGUAACAUGUUGUACGUAAUUGUUAAUAAAGAGUAUAUGAU